AUGUUUAAUAAUUCUAUUACUUACUAUGUAGUAGGUGCCAGUGUAUUAAUAUGCUUGCUAAAUGAAACAGCGAAAGCAAUUAUAGGUGUUGAUGAAUGUCAAGCAACUCCAGUUAUCCACUUUUUACAAUAUCCUGGAUGUGUUCCAAAACCAAUUCCCAGUUAUGCAUGUAGAGGACGUUGCAGCAGUUAUCUACAGGUGUCUGGAUCAAAAAUUUGGCAAAUGGAAAGAAGCUGCAUGUGUUGUCAAGAAAGCGGCGAAAGAGAGGCCAGUGUAUCACUAUUUUGUCCAAGAGCCAAACCAGGCGAAAAAAAAUUCCGAAAGGUAAUUACCAAAGCACCUUUAGAAUGUAUGUGUAGACCGUGCACAAGUGUAGAAGAAUAUGCUAUUAUCCCACAAGAGAUUGCUGGAUUUGCCGAUGAAGGUCCGUUUACGACUUCAGCACACUUCAGACGAUCUUCCGAUUUGCAAUAAUUAUUUCAUCUAACUUCGUAUUAUAACAAUUAUAUAUUAUUAUAACAAAUGAAGAAAAAUGUUAAAAAUAAUAAGUAUUUUAUUGUAUAUGAAACACUAUAAAAAUAUGGAUAAAGCAAAACUAUAAAACAAUUAAUAUAAAAAUAAUUAGAUAUUUAAAAAUACCAGUUUUAUUUCUACUAAAUAAUUUGUAUGAUUAAAAAUCUUUUAAAAGUCACAUAUUAUUUGACAUUUUAAUAUUUUUUAGUUAAAAAAAAUGAAAAAUAAUUUAAUUGUAAAAAUUAAUUAAUGUUUUGGUGGAUGUACAUCAGAAGCCUUAUUAUUUUGUUAUAAAUAAUUUCAAUUAUAUUACAUACAUAUAAAAUAACUACAUUGUAAUAAAUAUACAAUAUAGAAUAUUACACGUUUAGUGUUUUUAAAAAUGCGUAUUUAUGUAAUACGUAUACGUUACAGUAUGAUUAUAAUUAUUGCAUCUUAAUGUUAUAUGGUAAAUUAUUCUGUCAAGUAUACAAUGUGUAUGUGUGUAUGGAUGGUGUGUGUGAGAAUGGUGCGUGUGUGUGUGUGUGUGUGUGUACGCGCGCGCGCGUGCGUGUGCGCGCAUGUAGAUAUCUACAUCUUUUCAAAUGCAUCAGAUAUUAACGUUGAAAUUUCAGUAAGAUUUAUAUAUUUAUAUAAUUCGUUCAGUAUUAUACGUAUUUUAUUUAAGAUUAUAGAAACAAUAUUGUAUAUGAAGUAUUACAAAAAAUAUAUAAAGUACUGAUUUAAUUAAUGACUUCUUCGGCGUUGUGAUCGACAGGCAUAUUCAAGAAAAUAAUCAACAACAAUUUGACAUGGAGUUCAUUUUUAUUUUUUUUUUUUCGCAUAGAUAUGAUUUAUCAUAGAAGUGUAUGUAUGUAAUUUGUAUAUCAUAUUUUUAAAUCAGUAAUAUAGAUUACUGAUUUAAUUAACGAUUUCCUUCGGCGUAUGAUCGACAGGCAUAUAUUCGAGAAAAUAAUCAACAACAGUUUGACAUGGAGUUCUUUUUUAUUUUUUUUUUUUUUUUUGUAUAGAUAUGAUUUAUCAUAGAAGUGUAUGUAUUUAUGUAUUGUGUUUUGGAAUUUUUAGUGAUAUUUUAUUUAUAUUCUGUAUAUGUAUAUUAAUAUAAACGUAAGCACACGCAAAUAUAUGUAUAAAUUGCAAUAUACGUGCGUGUUCAUACGUGAAUUAUCGACACGAUGCGUCGCAUGCAUGUGCAAUAUUUCCAAGCAGCAUAAUAACAAUGCUGUCUUUUUCUCUAUUUUUGCAAUCUAAUCGAUUCUCUUACAAUAUUUACUUAUUAAAUAUUUACAGCGAUAAUUUUUUUCUUGUAAUUCAUUUAUCGACAUGUUUCCAACAACGUUUUCUUUAAUUAUAUAUAAAUUAUUUUAAUUUUAUUUACUGCGUCUCAAGUGCAUUUCGUGUUUUUAUCCCAUCGAAUGAAACAUUCUACUGUUAGAGUAGAAUAGAAUCUUUCAAGGAGACAAAUUUAAAUCACUAAUCCUUAACUCAUUCACACUUUUUAGUAUAUCUCAUUUUUACAGUGUGAAAAAAGGAAUAACGAUGAUCGUAACUUUUUCUUCAUUCUCAUCCUUUCUAUUUUCUUUCUAGUUUCGUUUUGUUCUCGUUUUAUUAAAAAAAAUAUGUAGCUUUUUAUAUUUUAAAAGUUUCUAUUACAUAAUUGAUAAAAUGUAAUAACGGGAUUUUUUAAACAUCCUGUAAUUAAUUUUGGAUUAUCAAACAUAAUAUAUGCAUUUGGAAUGCAAGUAAAUUAUAUAUACUAUGAUUGAUAAGAUACAAUGAAGAAAAUAAACAUAUCAUAUCAAGAAAUCACGAUGAAGGAUACAUAUAUCAUAUAAAAAUUUAAAGACGAAGUAUAGACUUUCUAUUAUAAGCAAAGAUAUAAUUAUAAUUUUGUAGCACUGUAUGUUUCCAUGUGUACAUACAUGGAAAAUGUACAAACACGUUUAAACGUACAUGUUUCAUGCGAGUCAAAUACAAUAUACAUAGUAUUUUUUUAUUUCUUCAACAAAGCAGAAAGUCCAUAAAAAAUAUAAAUGGCAAACUUUGCUAAUAACCGAGUAACAAAUCUGAAUAUCUUGGUAUUAAUUAAUAAUUAUAAUUUAUAAAUGAAAAUAUGUUUGAUAUGAAAAACAUUAGACAAAAAAUAAUGUAGAGAAUUGUUUUCUAGAAUUAAAUGAAAAUAAUUUUUCAUAACUGCACUCAAAUUUCCUAUUUCAUUUUAUGUAUAUUCUUUUAUAUGUAUAUAUAUGUGUGUAUAUACAUAUAUAUAUAUAUAUAUAUAUAUAUAUAUAUAUAUAUAUAUAUAAUAUAUAUAUAGUAUAUCCAAAAAAAAAAUGUAUUU